UGUCGGUGGUGACGCGGUCGUCUUGUAAUAUUGUUUUAUUUCGUUAGUUUAUUCGGAGCGGAGAGGCGCGGGCGGCGGCCGUCAGUUGAGUCGCGACCGCCGCCGCGCCUAUAACCCGGCUAAUACAAACCCGGACAACGACACAACAUCUAAACACAUUAACAGUUCAUCACUCAAAAUGGCCUAUUCGUGGGACAACAGAGUUGCUUUUGUUGUGCGAUUCCUCUACGAUAUCGACAACAAUGGUUACCUGGAUGCGCACGACUUCCACUGCCUGGCGCUGCGCACCUGCGUGCUGGAGGGCAAGGGCGACUGCAGCGCCGCGCGCCUCCAGAAGUACCAGCACAUCAUGCUGAGCCUCUGGGAGGAGAUCGCGCAGCUGGCAGACUUCGACAAGGUGCCAGACUAUGACGGUAUGAUAACAGUGGAUGAAUUCAAACAGGCAGUAAAGAACAGCUGCGUGGGCCGUAGAUAUGAGGACUUUCCUCAGGCCAUGAAAGCCUUUAUAGAGACCAACUUCAAGAUGAUAGACAUAAAUAUGGACGGAGUUAUUGGUAUAGAAGAGUACAGAUACGACUGUGUACAACGGAUGGUAUUGGAGGACAUCAAAGUGAUAGACGACGCCUUCAAUUCCCUACUCAAUGAUGACGACAGAAGAAAAGGCGGUCUCACACUAUCAAGAUACCAAGAACUCUUCGCUCAGUUCCUCGGUGAUGAUGGUGACGACUGCCAAGCGAAACACUUAUUUGGACCUUUAGAACUAUAAUCAAGGCCUUACUUAGUAUAGUUAGGCUCACAGUAAUGACUGACAUACCUAUCAAGUAACAACUAAACGUUAGCGGAAUUAAUGAAAUCAUUUCACAAGAAAAUAACAAUAUUAUUAGACCAACUGUAUGACGUAGAUAUUUACUUACGUAUUGUAUAAAUUGUAAUUUGCCUUUUGAAGUUAUAGCUGUAUUGCAGUCAAAAUAACAUAUUAUUUCAUGUUUAUGAAUCGUGAACACAUUACAGUCGAAUACUUGUUUACGAAAUUACAUUUAUAUUUUCAACGCGCCAAAAAUACACAAACACUGCGUCGAUACAGAUUAUAAAUAAACCAUAAUAAUGCUAGUCUUUGAAUCUGUGAUGCGUUCUCAAUUACGUAAAGAUCACCAAAUAUUAUUUUAUUUGGGUGAUCUUAGAAAGUUUAUUAACUUCUGUUAAUAUGUAUAUUAAUUUGUAUUGUAUUAGUAUUUAUUAUGCUAGAUACUUGUUUAAAUAUUUUUGUAAUCCUGCCCUACUUAUAUUACACAACAAAAUUUAAAAUAUUCUUAUUAAUUUGUUCUAUAAUUUUAAUGUUGUUCUACUUCGUUAUAUGUUUAUCUUUUUAAGGUGUUUAUUGGGAGAUAAUGUAAUAUUUUUGGAAUGUUAAUUUCCCGUUUGUUGUUUUUUAUCUUAUAUUUAUUACGUAUGGUAUCAUUAUAAUUAUAUUAAGUAUAUCGAACGAAGAAACCAGCGGGUUUCCAUGCGAACUUAAUUUGUUACUACUUAUUAAUAAGCUACGGCAGUUAGUUUAAUGAAUUAUAUGGAGAAUGUGCGGGAAAUGUUGUGCUCAAACAUACAAAAUGAAUCUAGUCAUCACGGUGUUGAAAUGUAAUCUUGUUGAAUUGUAAAUACUUACGUUUUGUUAAUAAUAUAUCAUAUUGUUACGUUCUACAA